AGUUCAGUACACACGAAGCGUCUGCUACAAAAACUUGAAACUCUCUGUAGUUGCUGCGCGCCAUCACCGAUUACAAUACGCUAUACAUUUACUUUCAAAUAUGUACCACGAAAGACAUUUGGAAGGGGCCAACAUGACGAAGCCAAGUGUCAGCAAGUUAACGAUCAGGAUCGAAGAGUUGCAGAGGGAGUUUUACGACCUCUCCAAAGCCAUCGAUGACAUAAACGAGAAGCAGCGUCUGGUUUACGAGGCCAUAGCGCAAAAUCACGAAGAGAGGCGCAGAUUGUUAGAAGAUAAAUGUAGCUUGAUCGCUCUAGAACAGCAACAGGAACAAGAACAAUUAAAGCAUCAACCGGAACAGCAACAGUUACAACGGCAAAAACAACAACAACAACAGCAGCAGCAGAAUAUAUCGACCGCCGCAUCUACUACAACAACGACGACGAUGAUGCCAGCACCUAUCACAGGUCUCGUAAUAAGGUCAGCGACAGGUGACUUAUACGCCAUUCCACAUCAACCGGGCUUUGACUUGACCAAUUUCACUGCUACGGGUCCCUCGCUCGGGCUACAGCCAAUCAUUAAUCCACAACAGCUCAAGUGCGACCUAGCAUACAACUACGAUCAUAAUACAAAAAUCAUGUGUCAAGAGUCAAAUUUACCCACAGUUCAGAAGAGCAUAACAAACAAACCUAAGCGCAAAGCCAACGAGAAUCUACAUGCGAUGCAAGCGAAUAAGCAUAACGUUACCCAGGUACCGACGACCAAGACAAUAACAGCCUGUCCCAUUGGAAAUGGCUCCAACAAAUACCUCAAGGUUUCCCAGCAGGAUGAACUUCCGAAAGAAACUCAAAAUAUCAAAAUUGUGAAGGUCACGGGCUCGACUAAGCCGACGAAGGCCGUCACGAAAACAGUUACCAAAACUAACAAGAUAAAGGCAAAACCAAAAAUUCAAAGAAAUAUACCAAAGAAAUUAGAAUUUUCAGAUGGUUCAGACGUAGAGAUCGUUGACGAUACGAAUUUCGUGGCACCACUGCCACAGUGCUCGAGGGCAUAUAGUUUAGUUAGUGCUUAGGGAGAGAUCGACUGAAAUGUUUUUGAGCCUCAGGUCCACAUCAGUUGAUGUGAGUCAUUAAGGUUUUUAAAACUUUUUUAAACAUUAUUUUAUAUAUAUAAAUUAUAUAAGGUACAUUGUAGAAUAAAUAUUUUACUUUAUUUAAGUUAAAGUAUUACUAGUCACAAAUAAAAUUGUAUUUUCCUGAAAAAAUAACCUUUUUCAUUUGAAGAAUUGUCACUGCGAGAUUUGAAAAAUGUAUU